GGGCGGGGCCGGGAGGGCCGGCGGCGGGCUGCGGCGGCGCGGGGGUGGGCGCCGGCGGGGGUGCAGGCGCCAUGGAGGCCGACGCGGGCUUGGAGCGCCGGGCCGCGGAGCUCGGCAGCCCCGGCCCCACGCCGGAGGCGGCGCCGAGCCCGGCGCAGGGCCCGGACCCGGAGGACGGCGCGCGGGCCUGGGCCGAGUUCGCGGCCCUGCAUGGCACGGCGCUGCGCUCUUCGGGGGUCCCCGAGCGGUACUGGGGCCGCCUCCUGCACAAGCUGGAGCACGAGGUUUUCGACGCUGGGGAGAUGUUUGGGAUAAUGCAAGUGGAAGAAGUGGAGGAGGAGGAGAGUGAGGACGAGGCGGCACGGGAAGUGCGGAGGAAGAAGCCGAACCCGGGCGGUGAGCUCUGCUACAAGGUCAUUGUGACCAACGAGAACGGGCUCCGGGCGGCCGACCCCAACAGCAUCUUCCUCAUCGACCAUGCCUGGACGUGCCGCGUGGAGCACGCCCGCCAGCAGCUGCAGCAGGUGCCCGGGCUGCUGCACCGCAUGGCCAACCUGAUGGGUGUCGAGUUCCACGGCGAGCUGCCCAGCCCCGAGGCCGUGGACCUGGUGCUGGAGGAGAUGUGGAAGUUCAACCAGACCUACCAGCUGGCCCAUGGGACGGCCGAAGAGAAGGUGCCGGUGUGGUACGUCAUGGACGAGUUCGGCUCGCGCAUCCAGCACGCAGACGUGCCCAGCUUUGCCACCGCCCCUUUCUUCUACAUGCCCCAGCAGCUGGCCUACACGCUACUGUGGCCCCUGAGGGACCUGGACACGGGCGAGGAGGUGACCCGGGACUUUGCCUAUGGAGAGGCAGACCCUCUGAUCCGGAAGUGCAUGCUGCUGCCCUGGGCCCCCGCCGACAUGCUGGACCUCAGCUCCUCCACGCCCGAGCCGCCCGAUGAGCACUACCAGGCCAUUUUGGAGGAAAACAAGGAGAAGCUGCCACUUGCCAUCAGUCCAGUGGCACAUCCCCAGGACCACGUCUUCAAGGUCUACACGGACAUCCAGCAGGUGCUCAGCCACCUCACUCACCCCCGCUUCACCUUCACUCAGAACGAGGCAGACGCUGACAUCCUUUACAACUUCUCGCACUUCAAGGAUUACAGGAGGCUCAGCCAGGAGAGGCCCAACGUGCUGCUGAACCAGUUCCCCUGCGAGAACCUACUGACAGUCAAGGACUGCCUGGCCUCCGUCGCACGCCGGGCAGGAGGCCCUGAGGGCCCGGCCUGGCUGCCCCGCACCUUCAACCUGCUCACCGAGCUGCCCCAGUUCGUCAGCUACUUCCAGCAGCGGGAGAGGCGGGGUGAGGACAACCACUGGAUCUGCAAGCCCUGGAACCUGGCCCGCAGCCUGGACACCCACAUCACCAAGAGCCUCCACAGCGUCAUCCGGCACCGAGAGAGCUCCCCCAAGGUCGUGUCCAAGUACAUUGAAAGCCCUGUCCUGUUCCUUCGAGAAGACGUGGGGAGAGUCAAGUUUGACAUCCGCUACAUCGCGCUUCUGCGGUCGGUGAAGCCCCUGAGGCUGUAUGUCUAUGACGUGUUCUGGCUGCGGUUCUCCAACCGGCCCUUCGCACUCGACGACCUGGACGACUACGAGAAGCAUUUCACUGUCAUGAACUACAACCCGGGAGUGGUGCUGAAGCAGGUGCACUGUGAUGAGUUCAUCCCUGAGUUUGAGAAGCAGUACCCAGAAUUUCCAUGGAAGAGCGUCCAGGCCGAAAUCUUCCAGGCCUUCACGGAGCUGUUCCAAGUGGCAUGUGCCAAGCCACCACCCCUGGGCCUCUGCGACUAUCCCUCGUCCAGGGCUGUGUAUGCCAUCGACCUCAUGCUGAAGUGGGACAACCGUCCAGAUGGGAAGCGGGUGAUGCAGCCGCAGAUUCUGGAGGUGAACUUCAACCCAGACUGUGAGCGAGCCUGCAGGUACCACCCGACCUUCUUCAACGACGUCUUCAGCACCUUGUACCUGGACGAGCCCAGCAACUGCCACGUCACCCGCCUCGUCUAGGCGCUCGCCAGCCCUGCUGCUGUGCUUGUGGCUGGAUUCCGGCCUCAGUUCUCUGAGCUGCUUCUGCACCGUCCCCAUCCCCUUCCCUCCAGGGGCAGCCUCGCCCGCCUGAGCCAUCGUCCCAGCUUCAGACCUUGGAGGCUCAGGGUCCUCCUCCCCACCAGGUCAGGAGCAGGGCCAGUCACAGUGUCCGCGGGGCUGAGUGCCAGGGAUCGGUCCCCCUCCCUUCACCACCGUCUCUGGGGUGAUUGCUUCAUCUCAGCCAAGGGCUUUAUUCCAGAGAGCGUGGUUCCUGGGCUGCCAUGUUUCCCAGGGAGUCAGCAGAAGAGGGGCACCGGGGAGCAUGACGAGGCCUCCUCAGAAACGAGGUUCCGGGAGCGAGGUAUCCUCAGAACCAAGCCCGAACCUUAACGGGGCAGGCCGGCUUCCCCAGAGUGUCUGCUGGUGCACUGUGGCUCCCCCGGAGCCGGGGUCAGGGUCCCAGAACGCCCUGGGGAGCCUGCUUGCCAGACCCAGCCUUCUCCCCUCCAAGCUCGGCCAGAACCUUCACCAGCAAACCUGAGAGGUUCCGGGGCAGGAAGGCCACCGCCUUCUGUUGCUGGUGCCUUUCCCUUUGGCGAAGGCGGCCUGUCCUCUUGGUCCCUGUGGUCCCAGUGGCCUCCCUGCUCGCUGGGCACUGCAGUGGUUCCCGCCCUCAUCCGAGGUUGGCUGGGACACUUUGGCAAGGAGGGCGAGGGGACACAUGGGCGGCAGAGCACCUGGCGGUGGACACCACGGAAGACGACGAUUCCAGGGAGAACUUUAUGUUCGAGUCAGAUGCCCUCUUCCCCUAGAGUCUAGAGUCAAAAUGUUGGACUUUGUUACUUUUUCGUUUAUGGGAGGAAAAUAGAAAAUUCUCAUUCUUAAUUUUGUUCCUGAAAUUUGGAGUCAGAUGCCAGCAUGUUCCAUGUCACCACGGCACGCCUGGGCCAGCUAACGGGCAGCGGGCGGGCCUGACUCCCGGGGGGGCUGCCUGUGGAGCCUCCUGUGUGUCGAGGGGUGGGGGGGUUGUUUGUUUCAUUGUGAAGCCAAGAGUGAUCCUUGUGACAAAACUGGAUGGAGUGUGCCUCCCAUCUCUGUGUCUGUUUGGUGUGUCUGUCCCUCCGCGCUGGUUAGCAGAGCCUCAGCCAGGUGGAGGUGUGGAGGGCGGGCCCCCUCGUCUCUGGUUUCCUCCCUGGAGAGCUGCUGGCCUCCCGUCCCCUCCUCUGGUCCACUUGUGCCGCAAUAAAGUCUGCCUUCUGGA